AUGGCCGGAGCAAGUACGAGUAGUCUCGUCUCGAGUGGUGUCUUGCACCACAAAUUGACCGGCGGCGGCACGGGGGGUCAUCACCACCACCACCAUUCUUCGUCCGCGGCGGUCGUACCCGGGGGUCAUUCACCCCGAGCCAUGGACUGGAACGCCCUUACCGUUGCGACCUCGAAUGCGGCUGCGAACGGAUGGAACAACAACAGCACCAGCAACAGCACCAGCAACGACGGGGCUCCAGCUUCGUCCUCAUCCGUUGCUACACCUACAACGACGUCCGGCACGUCGAACCGAGUCGCUGCCGUGGUCGCGGCCGGGGGUUCGGCUAGCACCAGUCGCGGCCGGAGCAGCUCGAUCCAAGUCGUCGCCAGUGCGGCCGACGAAGACGACCUCGACGACGAAGAGGAUGAAGAGGACGACGACGAUGAAGAUGGAGCGAAUGGGGGUGGAGGUGCGGGAGGAGGUGGCGAUGGCGAUGGGGCCAACACGCCGUUGGAGAAGAAGAAGUCGACGAGGGGGAGUCGCGCUUGUACCGUAUGUCGCAAGUUGAAGAUGCGUUGCGUCGGCGCCGAGAAUGGUCCGCCUUGCAAGAGGUGCAAGAAUGGAAAGCACGAGGUCAGUUUGGGGGGCAGGGGAGAGUGUUUCGUGUCUAGCAACUGGAGCUGAUCGGGCGCGGACGACAUCACCCCACAGUGCAUCUUUGAAGAGUCGCAGAGGGGUCGACGAUCGAACCGCAAGACCGACAUGAUGGUCAGUGGCGAAAUACUAUUCGUUUUGAUCUUGCGGUAGACUAAUGAUAGCUCGAUGCAACUUGUUGCGUUGGCAGGCCAAGUCACUCAAAAAGAUGGAAGCGACGCUCGAGACCGUGCUCAAAUCUAUUUCGCAUCCUUCGAUGCUCACCUCGUCUGGGUUGAUGCAAAUGUCGACCUCGGACCUGUCCGCCAUGAACCGAGGAUCGGGGCAGGGAGCGACCCCACUCGACCCGGGAUCCGUCGGUGCCGCAGGAGCGAGCUCGGGCGACAUCCCGACCGGCGCCAGUCCGCACAACUUCCACAAUAGCAGCAUCUCGUCCGGCAGCCCCAACUUUGGGCCCGGGGGCGAGAAUAAGCCCCGAACGACGAUUGAAUGGAGUGGGAUCCGUGGCGAUCGGAAUGGUCAGACGAGGGAUGGGAGUCCGAGGCUGCAUUCGUUGCCGGACAAUACCCUGAACCCGCUCGGUUUGCUCGCCGAAGCUUCGUUGCAGAACACGCGCAAACGCACGGCCGUCUCGGUUGCGGAUGUGUUGGAACCUUCUUAUGGAAAGGAAGAGUCGGCGAACGAGCCACCGGCCAAGAGGGAAAAACUUGGGAUGGGCAACCCUCAGUCAGUUUGCCCCGAGCAAGAUUCUCUCGGAGGCUUCGAACCUGAUCUGGUUACAACUUUCACAGGUACUUUAUGCCUGGUCCCAUGAACAUCCUUCCCGUACGGCGUAUCGUGAUCGAACAGCGAGGUCCUCCCGCAAUCCUCGAGGAGAAGAUUGUCACCGUCGAGGAGGUCGUCGAGCUCUUCGCCAUCUUCUUUACGCACUGUCACCGCUCAGCCCCUUUCCUCGAUGCCGACAUCCAUACCCCUGCAGCAACAGGCAGUCGGAGUCCGUUCUUGUUCACGUGCAUCUGUACGGUCGCGGCACGGUAUUACACCAAGCGCAAAGAUGAUCUUUAUCGCAAGUGUCAUCGAGUCGCGAUGAGGGUCGCGUUCGAUGUGACGACAAAAGGUUUCAAGGUCAGCCCUUCUUCCUCCGGUCGCGUCGGUAGGGAUACCGCUGCUUAUUCUCUCCUUUCUUUGAACAGAGUACCGAAAUUUGCCAAGGUUUCCUGCUGUUAUGUAACUGGAAUCAGCCCGCGGAGCGUUUCGAAGAGGAGCGGACGUGUCAGUUCCUUUUUAUGAGGCAGACCACAUCGAGCCUCCUCCGCUUAUACUGACGAAUGUCCUCUGCACGAUCUUCAGACCAAUUCUCGGGUAUUGCGAUUCGAAUGGCGACCGACUUGAACCUCCAUCGCAAGACCUUAGCGAACCUCCCCGCCGACGUCAGCGAGGAGUCGAAAGCGCUCUACCAACGCGAGCUGAUGAACCGCGAGCGCGCGUGGAUGUACACCUACAUCGCCGAUCGAUCCAUCUCGACGCAAAUGGGGAAACCGUUCUCGAUCCCCAAGGAAGACUACCUCAUUCGUAAUGCGAGGACGUGGUUCCUGCAACCCGGGGCGCAGCCUUCGGACAGUGGCUUGUCGGCCAUGGUCGAGAUGCACAGGUGGGUAAAGGCAAAGAUACGAAACCCAUGAUGCUGGUGACUGAUCGACAAGGUAUUCUCUUUCCCUUGCCCCCAAUUAGGAUUGUCGGACGCAUGCUCGACACCCUUUACAGUGACACAAGAUCAGUUUCGGGACUGAACCCUAGUCUCGAUUAUCCCCUCUUGAUGAGGUCCUUCCUUGGCCAACUCGAUCAAUGGCGUUCGGAUUGGACCGAAGGGGUCUCGACUUUGCCUGAGUCGGCCUACACGCCAGAUUCGAUUCGCCAUAGCAUGCGCGACUUCUACCACUCCUAGUGCGUGCUGCUGCUGCGCACUCUACACACGGAACUCCCACUGAUCAGCUCUUAUGUUCACAGUUACCGCCUCUUCCUCCUCUCCUUUGCGAUCCAGCACGCGCUCGACAACCCCCAGUCGACGAUCGAUCUGCCGAGCUACACCGUCAUGGUCUUUGAAUCGGCGUCCAUCAUGAUCGGUAUCGCUCGCGAUGUGCUCGAGCCGACCGGCAUCCUGCGUUACGCGAUCGAUUCGACGUUCGUGUACCUCUCGUAUGCAGCGACAUUCCUGCUCAAACUCGUAUCGCCUUCCUUCACUCACAUCAUUGACGAGGAAUCGGCGAUCCGUUUGGUACGCAACGUCGCCGAGACGUUUGAACGUGCCGCGAUCGAUGAUACGCACACCCCCGCUCUGUAUGCGUCGUUCCUGCGCGCUUUGAUCGACAACAAGCUCAACACGGGACGGACAGCCCCUGGUUCGAGGGCAGCAACGCGACCUUCUUCGCCUGCCCAUGGCGCGGCGUCGAUGGGUGGUGGUAUUGGUGUGGGAAUGGAGGCUUAUUUGAAGUCGAGGGCCAACUCGCCUGGUGGUGAAGGGCUCGAAGGUGCGGCGGGCGGGUCCGAGCACCACUCGUCGACGAACAAUGAGCAUUUCGAUUCGUUGGCGAUGGACUCGAUGUUGAGCAACGGAGGAUUCUGGGACAAUAUGGUGAGUCUCUCGACAAGGGCCACACGUCCUUCCCGGACACCCAACUAACAGUGCGUCGUCUCUCCUUCCCACAGCUCAUGCCCGGUUUCGGAGGACCACUCCAAGGCCUAUCAGGGGGAACAGGGACGAUGUUGGGCACAAUGGGGGAUCAUUGGAGCGUGACGCCGAUGCAUUCUCGACCUGGGUCACCGAAUCCUUUCGGCCAUUCGUUCCCUCAUUUCGAUUUCGCGAACCCACCCUCGUCUUCGUCCGGUGGGCAAGGCGGAAGUGCGAGUGGCGGUCAGGGGCAUCAACACCAGGAACAUGGAGCAGGGCAUGGCGGAACAGGAGGGGGUACGGGCGGAGGGAGUACAGCUGGGCUGUAA